UCACAUUCAAUCUCACGCAUCAUCGCGAAUACACGCGCCAGUGUCACCAUUCUUGCGCGAGCGCAGUCUUCGCAAUGAGUACCGUUUACAACCUAGAACCGAACCCCACAGCUAAGGUCUUACUACACACUACCGCUGGCGACCUCGAACUAGAGCUCUUCGCGAAACAAACGCCCAAAACAUCUCGCAACUUUAUCCAAUUAUGUCUCGACGGAUACUACGAUAAUACCAUAUUCCACCGGCUCGUCAAGGGAUUCAUCAUACAAGGUGGAGACCCGACAGGAACUGGUCACGGCGGAGAGAGCAGCUACGAUGGCGAACCAUUCGAAGAUGAAUUCCACAGCAGGCUCAAGUACAAUAGGCGAGGACUCUUGGGUAUGGCCAAUACUGGGAAGAAGGACGACAAUGGAAGUCAAUUCUUCUUUACCCUAGGAAAUACUCCAGAGUUGACAGGAAAGAACACCAUGUUUGGAAGGAUCGCUGGAGAUACCAUCUACAAUUUAUUGAAGAUGGCUGAAGCAGAAAUCGCGGAUGGGAGUGAGGAGAGGCCGAUGUAUGCAACAAAAAUUACUGGCACAGAGAUCAUUAUCAACCCUUUCGAAGAUAUGGUACAACGGGUGCGCGUUGCUGAGCGGACCGAGCCGGAGGUCAAGAAAGUCAAGAAACCUAAGAGGAAGGCUGGCAAAGCCGUGCUCAGCUUUGGUGAUGAUCUGGACGAGCCCGAGGCUGCUCCAGUGAAGAAGAAACCCAAAUAUAAUGCUGCUUUGGUCAUGGCAGAGGAUGGCCAGGGUCAAUCACAGGAGGCAGGAAAGCAAGUGGAAGCAGAGCGUGCCAUACCCAUCCGAAAGCCUGUACGACGAUCUCCUUCGCGGUCACCUCCACCACAACGUGCUCCAAAGUCUCCCAUCCGGGAAAAGCCAAGGUCACCACCACCACCACCACCGCCGCCGCGCGAACCGUCACCCGAACAAUCCAAGCUCGACCGUGUAAAUGCACAGAUCGCAGCAGUCAAAGCAUCACUGAAGCGCAACCCUAUUGCCCACAGUUCCGAAACAACGAAAAAGAAGUCGAUAUUAGACACGAUGAUACCAGCAAAUACAGUGCGUGGCCGAAAACGAGGUGCCAAUAACGGAGCCUCGGAGCAAGCGUCAUUGGACAUACUCGCAAAGUUCAAGUCAAAACUUGAAGCUGCGGCUCCACCAGAUACAAGAAUGAAAUCACCCCCUCCAGUUGAAGCCAUCGAUGGAGAACAAGAUGUCGCCGACCAGAAAAACAAGGACAACCUGGUCAACGGAGCAGAUGAGGUCGCAUGCGAUUUGCACUUUAUCGUCGGUUGUCAAUCCUGUAAAGCCUGGGAUAAACAAGAUGAGGAAGAAUCUGAUGAUGAUGCCGGAUGGAUGGCGCAUUCUCUCACAUUUGCCAAGGACCGACUGGGCAAAGACCUCGAGUGGAAAAGGAAGAAUGAAGAAGAGCUACUGGUCAUUGAUCCACGCGAACGUGCACAAGAAUUAAAAGGACCAAAAGGUGGGAAAAGAGAAUGGGAUAGCGGAAAGGACAACAGGGGAAAGAAAGGCGUCGGAUUAGGUGCAAGGUAAUGUGUAAAUAUGCUAGCGAAACCUACCUAUCUAGUUAGGUAGGUAGUUAGCAUCUCAAAAUUCGAGUGACUAUACUGUGAUGGUCCUACUCGCCCCCUCCCAGGCAUCCACUGGUGUUCACGGACGGCGUUGCACGAAACGGAAUAUGGCUGAGUCUGUCUCAGAUCACAAUCGGUGGUUUGCUUGAGAUAAUGCCCGGUGGGCGAGGCGUUUGUCCAGGGUGGCUGUGCCUAAUCUCCAUUUACCUCUCAGUUUGGUGGGGAUACUCUCCUGCACCUUGAAGACAACAAUUAAUAUGUGCUGGACCACAUGUCAGUGGCAAAUAAAUGAUCAGUGAUCAGGAUACCUGCAUACCCUGAAAAAAUUCUGUUUUUAUUCUGAAUAUACCC